AUGAGGUGGAGUGCAAGCAAGACAGUGGUCGGCUCCUUCGAGGGGUGCGAAGUUGUAAAGGUCCUAGUCGGGGAGGAACAGCGAGAGUUCACAAUACACAGGAACCUGCUGAGCGAAAGCUGCGCUUUCUUCCAAGGCCAUAUCGAGGCAAUCCCCUCAAGUUCGGAAGAGGAUGACGAGGGUGAUGACGAGGAUGAUGACGAGGACUCGGUCCUUUGGCUCCCAAACGAGGCGCCCGAUAUGUUUGAGAUAUUUGUUCUCUGGCUCUACCAACGGCGCCGAUUCCCCACCUUCAUCGACGGCGCCCUUCAGACGGCGUGCCCGGACAAGUUCCGCAUCCUCCGCACCAAUAUCGUCCGCCUGCACCUAUUUGCCGCCAUCAUCGACCUCCCGAGUCUCCAGGACGCCGCCAUGGACGCCCUCCAGGACAUGUAUCUGCGAUUCGACUGGGACAUGUCGCCGCGCUUCCUGUCCUUCCUCUUCGCCGAGUGCGACCCCCAGCACGCCGUGCGCCUACGCAAGUGGGCCGUGGCCAUGCUCGCCUGGACCCUGCACGGAGGUGCCGACAAGCCCGGCACCCGUCUCGACGCCGACAAGCUGUUCGUCCUCUACCCGGAGCUCAACAGCGACUAUACCAUGCACCUGCACAAGAUGGCCCAGAGCCGCGCCGACGUGCGCAUCAAGAACCCCCAAUUACGCCUGCCUGCCAACAGCCUGCGCAGUGGGGAGCGCAUGUUCGGCUUCCGUCAGUGCACCUUUCACAGCCACCGCGCCACCGUCGGCGAGGGCCCCUGUCCCCAUGCGUCAGCUAUGGGCCACACCCCCUCACCACCGCCCGUGUCGAGGAGGGAUAAAGAGGAGGUCGAGUCGGAUAAGGAUGAGGCGGAUAUUAUCUCACCCGUGAGGGAUCUGAAUGAAGUUUCGUAUCUCGACCUGUCUUGA